AUGACCACAGUAGUAAGCAGACAGGAACAGGAAGUGAUGGACUGUUAUGAAGUGUGAGCUUUGGAAGGUGCUUCUUAAAACUUCCCUAUUUCACAAACAUGUUUAUUGUUCAGGUGGGUGCGUUAUUGAUAGCGUUGAUAUAUUACGCCAAUGCUCAAACGUCUGUUGUCGCUGUAAACACCACCAUCCCGGGUUCAGAGCUGAGCGCAAGCGGCUUGAGGCAACUCGCCGCGGCAGUGGUGCCUCAGUCGCCUGUGUUUCACCCCAGUCUCCGUUCACAGUUCUCUCUCAACCUGUUGUCGGCGUUUCCAGAAGAUCUGGAGGUCAGCGAUUACUGCGUCGCGCUGCUGGCUAUCUUUGGGCAGCGAUAUUCAACGUAUGUGAAUUGUUUGGUGUCCGCCGCGCGCCCUGUCAAAGUGUGCCAAAACUGUUAUGGCACCUACGGCAACCUUAUGGAAAUCUACAAAAACAUAUCAGACCAGAUGGGCCCGGGGAAUGUGAGCUGCAGAGACAGCCUACUGCGUUCUGAUAGGCUGAUGUUGGUGUUCCUGCUCUACAGUAACCUGGAGGACAUCUGGACCGCUUCAGAAUGUAACCGUUGUGUAAGCCUGAGAGACCACAGCCUGACCAAUGACACCCUUUACUUCAUGGAAAAUCUGAACCAGUCCCUCAGCUGCUUCGAGAAGUACCAGAAGCAGGGUAACCACUCAGAGCUUUGUACGGAAUGUAAGGCCACAUACAGAGGACUGAAUGAGCUGUACAGCCGCAUGGAGAAGAAUCACACCCUCUGCAUCGACAUCGAGGACUCUAUGAAUAUGACCCGCAUACUGUGGAGCAAGGAUUUCAAUUGUUCUUUCCCCCGGGCGGAGACUGUUCCUGUCAUCGCCGUGUCCAGCUUCAUGCUCUUUCUGCCCAUCAUCUUCUACUUGAGCAGCUUCCUUCACUCGGAACAAAAGAAACGCAAGCUCAUACACCCCAAACGAGCCAAGUCCAACCCCAGCUUCAUUAACAUCCAGGACAAGUUCAGCUGAGGAGAGAGAUCAGAUAAUGACUUUAUUAUCCCCGUGGGGAAAUUUUGGUUGUCGCUCUCUGCAUACAUAAACAUAUAAUCAACAAUAGACAAAGUACAUACAGUAUACAGACAAUAAAUACAGGUAGAAAAGUACAGUUCAUGAGUGAUCAAUGAUCAUCCAUACACUAUAGACAACAGAACACACUGUCAACUACAAUGUUAGAUAUAGGCCACACAGGAGGUUGGUGGCACCUUAAAUGGGGAGGAUGGGCUUGUGGUAAUGGCUGGAGCGGAAUAGGUGGAAUGGU